AUGUGGGGUGUGGGAUGCAUCUUUUUUGAGAUGGCCACUGGGUGGCCUCUCUUCCCUGGCUCUACGGUGGAGGAGGAGCUAACUCUUAUCUUCAAGCGCCUUGGGACACCAACGGAAACCUCCUGGCCUGGAGUGACCACCCAUCCGCAUUUCAGCAAAGCUCUCGCCUAUGGCCCCUAUCCGCCGGUAGGCCGCUUCCCUCUCUCACCUCAGUUUUCACCGUCGGGUCAAGCUCUCCUCAGCAAGCUCCUCGUUUACCCUGGUCCUCGACGCAUCUCUGCUGCCGAUGCCCUCAGGCAUGCCUACUUCUCACGUCCCCUCACAGCCACUGCCUCCUCUGGCAGUGGCAUUAGUGGGGGCCUUCCAUUGGAGGCACUCGCCAACCUUCCCAACUGUGCUAGUAUUUUUGACGUGCCUGGCGUACGACUUCAUAGAGAUCCUGGCAUUGCUUCUCAGAUUCCUUCUUCUAAUCAUCAUUCACAUUAUCACCACCACACCAACGGAUCCACAAACUACCGCAACUCAAUGCCCGUUGUGUACAAUGAAUUCAAUAAUCAGCCAAAACCAAGUCAGGUGCACCAGCAGCCCUACCUGCACCGCCAAGCUGGGCCCCCGCCUCCUCUGCCUCCCCAUCAAUCAGGAGGAGGCGUAUCAGCUGCAUUUGUCACUGGUGGCACAUCAGCUCAUCAGCGUCCCGUUUCGGUAACCUCGACUAAUGCGGUUCGGCCACCUGUAAUAGCGCCUCGAUGUUAUUUGCCCAACCAGAAUGGCAUAGGCGGGGGCACCAUAACGGGCUACGCACCAGGCGUGUUUCUCAACUGUGAUUCGAAGCAGUCUUCCUCCACAAUAUCGAGUCAACACCAUGUCCCAUCCUCCAGCCUCUUCGGUCAAUAUCUCAGUCAUCAGCAAUUUCACAAUGGCACCGGCGGUAGUAGUGGUGUCGGAGUGGCCCCUCUUCCCUACAGCACGCGAGUCAUCGGGGACCCAUACGACGACCGUCGUAAGAGCAUGCUCUCGUAG